GACCGGUGCCUGACGCUGCUCUGAUCGGACUCGAGCUACAGUAAGAGGGGAAGAAAGUGGUUUUUCUUUGUUGGUGCACGGAGAAAAAACACGCAUGAAAAGCAUGUGUGCGCUGAGAGUGGCUGUCUGCAGAGCUCUGGGCAGGAUCUCCAAACCUCUCCUGAGAAUGACCAUCCAGAAUGGGUGCGUGAUAUCUGCCAGAGACUGCUCUCAGGCAGGGAAUAAGAGAAACCCACUGAGAUGGGACCUGACCCCUGGUGACAUCCGGACCACGACAGACAGCCUGAUACGCAGAGUGAAGGCGGUCUACGAUGACAUUGGAUCUCUAAAGAUAGAAAAUGUUUCCGUUGAAAACACCCUGAAAGCAUUGGCUCAUGCCAAGCUGGAUUACGCGUCAUCACUCCAUGUUCUGGAUUUCCCCCAGUAUGUCUGUCCUUCUAAAGAGGUUCGAACAGCGAGCACGGAGGCGGACAAGAAACUGUCUGAGUUUGACGUUGAGAUAAGUAUGAGGGAAGAUGUGUUCAAGCGAAUCACGGCCUUGCAGAAAAAGCUCCAAGACAACAUUUCACCCGAAGAAAAGAGAUUCUUGGACAGACUUGUUACAUUAGGCAAGCGGAAAGGACUUCACCUGUCUAAAGAUAUACAAGAGGAAAUAAAAAUAACUUACAAGCUUAUAAGUGAACUCUCCAUCGAGUUUAACCAGAAUCUGAAUGAGGACAAUACCUUUCUUGUUUUUUCCGAGCAUGAAUUGGGCGGGCUGGCUGAUAGCUAUCUCAAUGGACUUGACAAGACAGCAGAUGGGCAAUAUAAAGUGACACUUGAAUAUCCCCAUUACUUCCCACUGAUGAAGAGGUGUCACAACCCCGAGACCAGGCGGAAGAUGGAAACGGCUUUUCACAGCAGGUGUAAAGAGGUAAACACAGCAAUCCUGGAAGAGUUGAUACAACUGAAGGCAAAGGCUGCAGACCUACUUGGUUACAGUUGCCAUGCAAACUAUGUGCUGGAGAUUAACAUGGCCAAGAAUGCAAGCACAGUGUCAGACUUUCUAGACACAUUCUAUGAAACCCUGAAGCCCAUUGGAAUCAAGGAGAGGAAAUACAUCCUUGCACUUAAGAAGAGGGAGUGCUUGAUGAAGGGUUACCAGUUUGAUGGACAGAUCAACGCCUGGGACUUACCCUACUACAUGAAUGAAGUGGAGCAGUGCAAGUUUGCCGUGAACAAGGACAAACUGAUUGAGUAUUUCCCGCUUGACGUGGUGACCGAAGGACUGUUUGGCAUCUACCAGGAGCUGCUGGGUCUCACGUUCACAGAGGUGGAACAUGCUCACGUGUGGCAUGAAAAUGUCAAGCUUUAUUCAGCCAUGGACACUGAGACAGGGGAGGAGAUUGGACAGUUCUACCUGGACUUGCAUCCAAGGGAAGGGAAGUACGGCCAUGCUGCCUGCUUCGGGCUCCAGCCGGGCUGCAGAGGACCGGAUGGAAAACGCCGGCUUCCAGUGGCGGCUAUGGUGGCUAACUUCACCAAGCCCAGAAAAGGUUGUCCUUCUCUCCUCCAACACCAUGAAGUGGAGACCUACUUCCACGAGUUCGGCCAUGUCAUGCACGAGCUCUGUUCUAAGACCACUUUCUCAGAGUUCAGUGGAACGCUGGUGGAGACCGACUUUGUGGAGGUGCCGUCUCAGAUGCUUGAGAACUGGGUUUGGGAGAAGGAGCCUCUGAGAAGAAUGUCUCGCCACUACAGGGAUGGCACCCCGAUCCCAGACAACCUGCUCGACAAACUGAUCGCAUCCAGAGUCGCCAACACUGGACUGAUGAACCUGCGUCAGGUAGUCCUCGGUAAAGUGGAUCAGUUGCUACACACCAGCCCGCGUGCAGAUACAGCUGAGGUGUUCGCAAAGCAUUGCUUGGACAUCCUGGGUGUUCCUGCUACGCCAGGUACCAACAUGACGGCCAGUUUCAGCCACUUGGUUGGAGGAUAUGAUGCUCAGUACUACAGCUACCUGUGGAGUGAAGUCUACUCCAUGGACAUCUUUUUCAGUCGUUUCAAAAAGGAAGGCAUUAUGAAUCCAAAGGUUGGAAAGGAGUAUAGAAAGGUGAUUCUGGAGGCUGGUGGCUCUGUGGAUGGUGUGGACAUGCUGAAAACCUUCCUUGGACGUGGCCCAUGUCAGGAUUCCUUCUUUCAGUGCAAAGGACUGAUUAAGUCACAGAAAACAAAGACGCUGUAAUGUUUUUGUUCUAUAAGAGUCUUUUUUUGUCAAAGCAAGGUACAUUUUUAAACGUCUGGAUGCAUCAACAUCAGUAGAAAAAUGACUUUCCUUAAAGUGUUUUAUUACUUUAAGUUUUUCUACCUGGUGCCAUUUGUUCGAAUGUACAGUAGUUCAUGAAUGGUCCUCGUGAUAUUAUGUAUUAUUUGCCUUAUUCAGAACAGGAAUUUAACUGGUCUGAGUAACAAACACAGGUGGUUCUUAUAACAUUAAAAAUGGCUUUAUUCUAUUCAAAUAGUAGUCCCAGUAAGCCAUGGCAGAAGACAGCAUGUACAAUACUGUGACCCUGAAUGAAUGAAGCAGCUAAAUGGAAUUCAGCCUGCAUUUAUUUCAUUAUUUACACCUUUGCUUUUUCUACUGCGAUGUGUGGAAAAAGGCCUAGUUGUGAAUGCACAGCUGCAAGUUAUCUGCAUUGCAUAAAUGCCUUUUUUAAAAAGUGGUAUAGCAUUUUCAAAUAAUACCAAAAGCUGUUGGGGAUGGUUAUGCAAACAAAAUUCAUCUUUUGGAGCUUUAUUGUCCUGUUUUGCAACUCCCUCUUAACGGUUGCGGGAGACAAUACAUCACGUUUUUAUUCAAAUUUAAAUGUGUAUAUAUAUAUAUGUUUAAAAAUAUAGACAUGUAGUGAUUGAAAGCUAUGUCAAAGCUUCAGAAAGAUUUGAAAAUGUGAAAAGCAUUAAGUCUUACAUGCCGGAGUAUCAUAAAACUGCUUAUGUUAUAAUGCCAUAUGGCUUACAGAGCGUUACUGUGAAUUACUGUAAUAUAUCUAUAUUAGUUCCCUCCUUUAAAGGGAUUUAGGCUAUUGUGAUGAAAUAUCUCCAGAAUCGGAUUAAGAAACCAUCUUAAUUCCCAUAUUAUAGAAGAAGAGGAGGGACCUGCUUAAUUUUAAAUUCCCAUGCAAGGAAUACAAGUUAUAUCAUCUACACCAGGGGGCGCCACAUGAUAGAAAAUGUUGGUAUGUGAGUUUUAACAUAAGAAAGAAAAAUGUAUGUAACUGUUGGCUUUCUAUACUGUGAAUUAUUAUUUCCUAUGAAUUAAAUAAAAUAAUGUACUUUUGGCUGCCAUGGAUGCGUAAAAGGUGUAAA